UUUUAAACUUGCUGUACCCUAGAACCAUGAAAUCCUUCUGGAUUUGGCAGCUGCUUCUCUCCCUCGUCCGUAUGCUUCCUUCGUUUUCAACUUCUCCUCUUUUGUUUCGUAAAAAAAUUGAUGAAUUCAAACAGGAAGAUUGCAUUACUAAUUCGGACUCUUGAUUCAAAAUCCCUGUCGGAUUCUUUCCAUUUCCAAUGCACAGUCACUCUCCCUCGAUUGCCCAGCCGUACCAGAGAGGUUCUCUGCCGUCGAGCUUCUUGCCGUUGAGGUCACAGGUUGGAUCCCACUCCAAGUGGAUGAGGUGUUCAUUAGUUCAAAACUGCAGUUAUUCAUGGUUUAGAAAUGGAGAUAUUGUAUAAGUCAUGAAGCUGUUGCAGCUUUGGCUGUCUGUUGAUUUGGCUGAUACUUCUUGAUUGAGGGUUGGUAUUGCAAUUUUUGUUGAGAAGCAGAAGGGUGUUGUUAGAAUGGCUAAAGAAGCUCAAGUCUUUUUCCUUGAAGAGUGGCUAAGGAGCAUCAGCAGCGGUACCACUACCAUCCGCCCCAGACUCUCUUCUUCCUCAUCAGCAAGAGACAUCAUUCAAGCAUGGGCUGAGCUUCGAGACUCUCUUCAACACCAAUCAUUUGAGCCUCAUCACCUCCAAUCUCUAAAAAUAGUCCUUAACUCCCAAACAUCCCUUUAUGUUGCGGAACCACAAGCCAAGCUUCUGAUUUCAAUUCUUUCUUCUCCGAAUCUCUGUCUUCCUCCUGAAUCAUAUCCACUGAUCCUCAGACUCCUUUACGUCUGGGUCAGGAAGUCCUCCAAACCUUCUUCAUCGCUUGUAGAUUCAGCAGUGGGAGUGCUCUCUCACCUUUUCUCUUUUCAAUUUGAUGCCAGGAAAAGCUCAUUUUUCAUUUCUGAAGGUAUACUCCUCCUGGGUGCAUUUUCUUCUGUGCCUCUUGGAUCUGACAGUUCCAAAAAAGUUUGCUUGGAGCUGCUUUGUGGGCUUUUGGAAAAAGAAUACCAGCUCAUUGGCUCUUUCAAGGGGCUUAUUCCUGAGGUCCUUGCAGGAAUAGGUUAUGCCCUAUCUUCUUCUGAGAGUGCUCAUUUUAUUAGAAUUUUGGAUUCUCUAUUAGGAGUUUGGGAUAUGGAAGGCGGUCCUUGCAGUUGUGUAUCCAAUGGACUCAUGAUUCUACAUCUGGUUGAGUGGGUUUUGUUUGGUUUCAUUCAUUCACGCUCUUUGGAGAAAAUUGAAGUUUUAAUGAGAGGGAUUUUACAGGCUCCAAAGAAGAACUAUGUUCCAUUUUCAUUGGUCAUGGCUGCUGCUGGAGUACUGAGGGCUUCCCGUAAAUCUAUCUCAAGCAGCAGGAUGGAGAUAAUCUCCAGGCUGAGGAUUGCUGCAGAGGAAAUUAUUGAAGGUAUAGCAAGUGAUCUGAUUUCUAGAACAGGAGGUUGUACCAAUUUAGGCAAUGAUUCUGCCAACAGUCUUCUCCUGCAGUGUAUCUCAUUAGCCCUGGCUCGAAGUGGUCCUGUUUCUUGUCGAGCUCCUCUCUUCUUGUGCCUUGCUUCAGCAUUGUUGACUGAAAUUUUUCCCUUAAAACGUUUCUACUCAAGGGUUCUUGAAUAUGGUUGUGGUAAUGCAGCUCAACUGGGGCUUAAUGAGGUUAAAGAACAUCUGGGCAGUGUUUCUUUUAAAGAAGCAGGAGCUGCUACCAGUGUGCUCUGCAAUCAGUAUGUCUUAGUAGAUGAAGGGAACAAGGAUAUGGUGGAGAGUCUUAUAUGGAGCUACUGUCAGGAUAUCUACUUGGAGCAUCGGAAGGUGGCCUUGAUGCUUCGAGCAGGGGAAGAUGAGUUACUUGCAGAUUUAGAGAAGAUCGCUGAAUCUGCUUUCCUUAUGGUGGUGGUUUUUGCACUUGCUGUCACAAAACACAGGUUAACUUCAAACUUAACCCAGAAAACUCAAAUGGAGAUUUCAGUUCAGAUACUUGUUUCAUUCUCUUGUGUGGAGUAUUUCCGACGUGUGCGUCUGGCAGAAUAUAUGGAUACAAUAAGAGCUGUUGUCGUGAGCGUCCAGGAGAAUGAAUCUGCCUGUAUCUCUUUUGUAAAAUCAAUGCCUUCCUAUGUUGACUUGACAAAUCAACAAGGCUCUUCUUGCUUGCAGGAGUAUGUAUGGUGCAAGGAUGAUGUUCAAACUGCUCGCAUUUUGUUUUACCUGCGGGUCAUUCCAACUUGCAUCGAACAGCUGCCUGUUUCUGUAUUUAGGAAGGUGUUGGCUCCAACUAUGUUCUUAUAUCUGGGGCAUCCAAAUGGAAAAGUAGCUAGAGCAUCACAUACACUGUUUGUGGCAUUCAUAUCUUCUGGAAAGGAUUCUAGUUCAGAUGAAAGAGUGUUAUCGAAGGAGCAACUUGUUUUCUAUUAUGUACAGAGAUCUUUAGAGGGAUAUCCCGGCAUAACCCCUUUUGAUGGCAUGGCUUCUGGAGUUGCAGCCUUGGUUCGGUAUCUUCCUGCAGGAAGUCCAGCUAUAUUUUACUGUGUCCAGAGUCUUGUUGAAAAGGCUAAUGGGCUUUGCAGUGAGGUCUUAAUGCAGGCUGAUGUGUGGAAGAAUUGGCAGGGAGAGUUAGACCCUUGUAAGAAAAUGCUAGAAUUGCUUUUAAGGCUUAUUGUCUUGGUAGAUAUACAGGUACUACCAAACUUGAUGAAGUUGCUGGCCCGGCUGAUCAUCCAAUUGCCGAAAGAUGGCCAGAACUUGGUUCUUGAUGAGAUGCAUUCACAUGUUGCUGAAUCUGAUGAUGUUACAAGGAAACCCAUAUUAGUUUCAUGGCUGCAAUCAUUAUCUUACCUUUGUUCUCAGGGUUCUAUAACUGCUGCUCCCAGAGCAGUGGGGUUUAGAGAAAAUUCUGUUUCUGCAGGGAUUAAAAAGCCAAACUGGAAUAGAAUUGAUGCACGGCUCUAAGAUAUUGAGGCUCAUUUUCCAAAUUAUCAUAAUUUUUUUUUCCUUUUUCCUUUUUCUAGGGGAUGGGGUGCAAGUGUUGUGCCUUUAUUUAUUCUCAGCGGCUGGUUUGUGUCAUAGAAUCCUCACAAUAUAUUCAUGUGUAUUCUAAAAUGUUAAAUGGAAGCAAUUGCUUUCAGUUGUUCUGUAUACCAUUUUAUUCUUCAUGAGAUAAUAAAGAGAAGUGGUGUGUUAAUUUC